UUGUUCGUGUUGGUUGUGUAAUUUUGGUGCACGGCAUUGAAACAAUAAAUGUGAACGCUGUUGUGCGCGUUUUACUUUAAAAAAAAAAGAAAAAAGAUGGAGGUGGUAAGUUUACAUACGAACCCGAAAGAGACCAACCUGGCAACUUCGCAGACGCCUGGCUCACCGCUAGCUGGAGACGUGACGCGGAGGCAGCUAGCGUCGUUAGCUAGGCAGCUAGCGUCGUUAGCAAACAACGGUCUUCUGCUGUUACUCUGCUGAUGUUACCAGAAGAGCCGGUCCGCUAAAGCAGCAGCUCCCGCCUUUGGACCUGUAUGUGGCGCAGUUGUGUCGCACGUGGCAACUGUCUCGACUUUAUUUUAUGGCGUGACAACGUCGGCUAGUCGUUUGCCGCCGCUAAAUUAGCUAACUCGUCGCCCGCACGCUAGCGUGACUAACGCACGUUACGCUCGCAAGAGCUCUGCCCCGGAGGGCGGAAGGGAGCCAAGUUGGAUCACUGCGCACCGCCUGCUUGUGCAAAGCUAGCGCACUUUUCUCUGGACUCCCGAGUUCCCACCGUGACGCCUGUUGACUACCUGUGCAGCCUGUGCGACACCCGGCGCUCCUCGGUUAGCGAGACAAUGCUGUUCGAUGGCGUAGCUAGCUGUCGCCACUAGUCGCAGCGGGCAAGAGCUAGCUCGCGAGCCUCGAACUUCUUCCGAAGUCGUGUAAGUCGGAUUCGUCUGUCCGGCUGAUUCGAGGCGAGCCGCCGCGUCAUCCCCGUCGCAUUCGCGGGACUCCUUCGCUCUGGUCCGGUCCAGCGACAGAAGCCAUGGCAUCGGCCGCGAUCGAGAGUGACGCCGCGCUCAAGGCUGCAAGCGAUAUGGAUUUGAACAACAGCGACCCGGGUCGUGUCACACCCGGGAGGACCCGCGACGAGCCGGGCAGCACGCUGACACCCGGCCCCCCGACUUCGGGCGCGUCAGGUGGUGAAUAUGACGGGGAGGAAUCCCAGAACAGCACCGCUUCUCCGGCCGAAAACGGCGACGAGGCGCUCGAAGAGCGUCCGGCCGAGGCGAGGGCUGCGCCACAGGGAAGGACGAGUCCGGACAGUGAGCACAGACAGCCCGGGGCGAGGAGCUCCAGCCCGGUGAGCCUGCCGCGGCCGCGCUCCCCGGCCGGGCCCGUCGGAAGUCUUGAGCGCCAAGAGUCAGUCGCCACAACUGAAGCCCGAUUAAGAAUGGAAGGAGUUGAACUUAAGGAAGAGUGGCAGGAUGAGGAUUUUCCACGGCCCCUACCAGAGGAGGAGGAGCUUGAAGAUGAACUUUUUGCAGGAACGUCUGAGGAGACAGACCUUGGUGAUGAAAACAGAAUAGUAUAUGACUAUGUAAUGGACCAUGGGAAAAAGCCAAAGAAAAAGCUUGCAGCUCCGAACAUCAGCCUGACAUUCGACCGCAGUGAGGGUUCUCUUCUCUCCGAUGAGUUGGAUGAAAGUACAGAGCUCGACCUUGAUGACAUCGACACACCCUCAGACAACAGCAACGAGUUUGAAUGGGAAGACGAUCUCCCGAAGCCAAAAACCACAGAGCUGCUACAGAAAGGCAUGGAGUCGGUUCAGGAGUACUCGGCCUCGGAGGAGAGGGAGGAGGGUCGACGCUGGAGGGUGUUUCGUUUCGGAGACCAGGAACACAGGGUGGACAUGAAGGCCAUUGAACCUUACAAGAGGGUUAUCAGCCAUGGAGGUUACUAUGGAGACGGUCUGAAUGCCAUAAUUGUAUUUGCUGUGUGCUUUAUGCCUGAGAGCAAUCAACCAAAUUACAGAUACAUCAUGGACAAUUUAUUCAAGUAUGUCAUCGGCACACUGGAGCUUCUGGUCGCCGAGAACUAUAUGAUAGUGUAUUUGAACGGGGCGACCUCUCGGAAAAAGAUGCCAACUGUUGGCUGGCUCAGAAAGUGUUAUCAGCAGAUUGAUAGGAGGUUAAGGAAGAACUUGAAGUCUUUGAUAAUUGUCCAUCCUUCGUGGUUUAUUCGCACCCUGCUGGCACUCACAAAACCUUUUAUAAGCUCCAAAUUUAGUCAGAAAAUCCAAUAUGUGUACAGCUUGACCGACCUUGGAGGGCUGGUUCCAAUGGAGUAUGUGUCCAUACCAGAUUGUAUCAAACAGUUUGACGACGAAAAAAAUAGGAAAAGCCGUAAAAGGUUUAGAAUUUGAUGGUUUUUGAUGUUGGGAUCGACCAGGACAUGCAUGGCAAAGUGGAGAUAGCAGCUGCUGCCGUUCCAGAGUGACCCUGCUCACACUGGUGGAUGUGGAGGAGGAGAGUGAAGAAGAAUGUUUAUGUUUUCUUCCUCUGGAAACGUGACUGAAGAUGUAAAAUGUUACUAUCAGGAAAGUGCCUUUUUGAAACCUUGCUGCCUGUUACAUUGUCAUACUUUUUGCUGUACAUCUGUGUCAAGCAGCUUGAUCUUCAGCAUUUUUUUCCACAUGCUGUCUGAGAGGUUUUUAAUCCUUUUUAUUUACUGCCGGUAUAUCACAUCAAACUUAGCGUAUUAUUGUUCUCUAUGUACUGUUGUAUCUAGACUUUAUUUAAGGCACUCUGUUACAAAUGGUUGAUGCAUGCUCUGCUUUAUUACGUUUAAAUAUAUAUUUAUAUUCAAAAGGUGACAAAGGAGAGAAAUUAAUAUAUUUUUAUGAUUGCUCUGAUUUUAAACUGCAUUUUAGGUCUUUGACCCACUGAGUGGCAUUUCAUAAGUUUUGAUGGCACCUUUUUUCACUGUUCGCUGCUGACGUUCUCUGAUAAAAUCCUGCUUGGGGAAAAUUAAGUCUUAUUUUUUGCCCAUCACUUGAAUGUUUGUGACAGCAACAGACUGAGGUUAGGAUGUAGUUCUUAACCUUUUUUCCUCCAUGUCAAGUUAUGGGCCAUGUUCUUCAAAUGUGGCUUUAUUCUUUCCAGCUAACCGGCUAAAAUAAUUCUGUUACUUCACGUCCAGCUAAUUUAGUUAUUUGGGCACAGUUUUAGAAUUGAUUUGUUAAUCCUGGAUAAGUCAUAACAAUGCAAUGAAAUGAAAGCAAAGUAUGGAGUUGAGACCAUGAUCAGCGUUCCUAAUCAUGCAAUUGCAGGUGUGUUGGGAAUCCUCCCAGCAUGCAAUGUGGCAAAUAAUAAAUCAAGAGUAUUGUUUUA